GGCACGCUUGUUAGAGCUUCUUCAAGGAUCUUUCGAUCCGCCAAUAAUCAUAUUCGUUAACCAGAAAAAAGGAUGUGAUGUUCUAGCUCGAGCAUUGAAUAAACUUGGGUAUCGUGCAACAACCCUUCAUGGUGGUAAGACUCAGGAACAAAGAGAGAGUGCUUUGGCACAUCUUAAGAACGGCACUAUGGACAUUCUUGUGGCUACGGAUGUUGCUGGCCGUGGUAUAGACGUUAAGAAUGUUUCGUUAGUUAUUAAUUAUGAUAUGGCAAAAACUAUUGAAGAUUAUACACAUCGUAUUGGUCGUACUGGGCGUGCUGGCAAAUCUGGUGUCGCCAUUACAUUCUUAUCUAACGCAGAUGCAGAUGUCAUGUAUGAUUUGAAACAAAUGAUGUUGAAAUCACCAAUAUCUCGUGUGCCUCCUGAAUUAGCGUCUCAUCCUAACGCGAUGGCCAAGCCUGGAACUUAUGUAUCUAAGCGAAAACACGAAGAGACUAUUUUUCAAUAA